UGCUGUGCCUCGGUGCUGGGAUGCCUCAUCCUUGUACCCAGGGGCCUGGCAUUGUCUCAGCCCCUGUGCCCAAAAAGCUGCUGAUGAUGGCUGGUAUCUACAACUGCUACACCUCAGCCAAGGACUGCACUGUCACCAUGGGCAACCUUGGCAAGGCCACCUUUGAUGCCAUCUCUAAGACCUACAGCUAUCUUACCCCCAACUUCUGGAAAGAGACUGUGCACACCAAGUCUCCCUAUCAGGAACUCACUGACCAUCUUGUAAAGACCCACCCCAGAGUUUCUAUGCAGUGGUCUCAGGCUCCAGCUGUGGCCACCACAUAAUUUUAUACAAGGAAAAUAAAAU